AUGGCGUUUAGUGGUAAUAAUUACUCUUUUGCGGAAGUGAUAUUUUUCUUUGUUUUAGCCUUGUCUGCCUGUGGCACUGCUGUAUCUCUCUCGGUUACGAACUCGACGACCAAAUCGUCGGCGGUUCUGUUGAGAGUUGACCAGUCCGGGAAGGGUGAUUACAAGAAGAUACAAGACGCCAUUGACGCAGUUCCUGCAAACAACAAGGAACUUGUGUUUAUAUUGGUGAAGCCCGGAAUCUACAAAGAGAAGGUUUUUGUGCCUGCUGAUAAGCCUUUCAUAACCCUAAGUGGCACAAAAGCUUCGGAGACUGUCAUAACAUGGAGCGAAAGUGGGGAUAUAUUUGAAUCUCCUACCAUGACUGUUUUGGCUUCCGACUUUGUCGGGCGGCAUCUCACCAUUCAGAACACAUAUGGAUCAGGUGGGAAAGCGGUGGCGUUGUGGGUAUCAGCAGAUAGAGCGGCGUUCUACGGCUGCAGAAUCAUAUCUUAUCAAGAUACCCUUCUUGACGACACCGGCAGGCAUUACUACAAAAGCUGCUACAUCCAAGGCGGCACCGACUUCAUUUGCGGAAACGCUGCUUCUCUCUUUGAGAAGUGCCAUAUUCAUUCGCUUGCUGAAGGAACUGGAGCUAUUACGGCCCAACGGAGGGAGUCUCCUUCGGAGGACACUGGUUUCACCUUCUUGGGCUGCACCAUCACUGGUACGAGGACGGCCAUGCUCGGAAGGCCGUGGGGCGACUAUUCUAGGGUCGUGUUUGCCUUGAGUUAUAUGUCUAAUGUUAUACUUCCCCAAGGUUGGGAAGACUGGGGAGACUCAUCCAAACAAAGUACGGUAUUUUAUGGGCAAUAUAAGUGUUACGGACCCGGGGCAGUGACGUCUAAAAGAGUAAAAUGGGCACGUAAUCUUACUGCUCAAGAAGCUGAACCAUUCUUGACCAAGGACUGGAUUGAUGCCAAAGAUUGGAUCAGGCCCGUGCCAACCACUUUCACGAGGACUUUCAAUGCUGUUUCUAACAACGUUGGUGGACAUAACUAA